UUCAGAUUAUUUCAAAGGGGAUGAGUGGUUGGCCCUGGCAUCACGGGAAUUCACAACCACCAAUGAGCUUGCAAAGUGAUGUUCUUAGGCAAGCCAACCAAUUUGAAUUUUAAAUUCAAUAUUGCAGGACCUCAUGUUCUCCAUUCUGAAGAAUUGGGAAGACUUUUGAAACAAGCAGGUGCUGAUGUUCAAAUGAGAUUUUCUGUAAGCUGGAAUUAGAACGUAGAUGACCGUUUCCAAAUUAAACAAGCUUGUAAGCUGGAACUGAAACACAGAUGGCUUUUGCUGAAUUAUAUAAGCUUGUAAUUUGUCUAAAUCAAGCUGCAGUUUUACAAGUUUUUUAUUUGGGAAAGUAGAACUUACCCUUUCACUUAUCCCUUUUUUCUUUUUUAUGUUACAAUUGAUGCUUUCUGUAUGCUCUAAAUUCAGUUUAUAUUGAUAAAGCCACAACCACGAACGAGCUUGCAAGUUGCAAAAUGAGGUUCUUAGGCAAGCCAGCCCAUUUGAAUUUUGAAUUCAUUACUACAGAACCUCAUGUUUUCCAUUUUGAAGAAUUGGGGAGAGUUUUGGAACAAGAAUUGAAUUUUGAUUUAGAAGGAUAUUCUCAAUGGUACCCUCCUUUCCUAUGGUGUUUUUCCAUCUAGAUUGGCCUCUGUACCAAUUAGAUUUUUCCGCUAGCUGGAACUGGAAAAUGGAUAUCAUCAUUGCUAAAUUAAACAAUCUUGUAAUCUGACCAUGUCAAGCUACAUAUUCUGUAGAUAUCAAGAAGUUAGUCCAACUUAGUGUCUAGAUGUUCCCUUAUUUGGCCCUCCCCCCAUCUUGUUCUUAUUUAUCAUCACAUUUCCCAUAAUUUUAGUGUCUGCUUCCUUGAAACUGUGUAACACCCAACUUAUAAUUAGUUCUUGUCCUGUUUUUGUCUUACAGCAUCUGAUUAAACCCUUUGCUGUUUUCAAGUCAACUACAGGAUUAGUUAAUAGGUGAUUGAUCCAAGAUUCCAAGUUCAAGCCUCCCUUUUUAGGCAAGUUCUUUUUUCAACAAGUAGGAGCUGGAUGCUUUGAUAUUAACGCUACCUUUCAUGCAAGUGGUGAAGCUUCUGGAAUGUAUGAUGAGUCAGAAAUGAAUGAUCCAACAAUGUGUAUUGUGUUCCUCUUUAUUCAUCUCAAGUCACAACCAAGAUUACGGCACAAACAAAGUUGCUUUAACUGCUGCUUAAAAUGGAUUGACUAGCAAAGUAGCUUCAAGAUCUAACAAUUUGAUGAAAAAUGGUGGUGCUCACAGGAUCUGUCAUAGAUUCAUAGUUGCAGCAGCAAGCUUCUACCCUCCAAAGAAUGCCCUCUUUGGACAUGGAUUUUCUGAGUUUUUGUUGUAACUUCCCCUGAUCAAUUCCCUUAAUCAAGGACAGUUUGAGGAUAUCUAUGAAAGUGGAUGGAGUAAUGCUUCGAGGCAGCAUUAUGCAAAAAUCAUUUCAAGGAUUCCUUUGUUGUAUAUAUCCAUACAUUUGGCGUUGAGAAAAGUCUUCAUGAACUCAUACAUGAAUGGCAUGGGGCUUGGACUUUGAAAUAUAUCAAGUCAGGGGAGCUUUAAACAAUGGCUAGUGGCUGGUUUUGAUCAUCAUUGCAAGAACAGUAGAAAGACAGUGAAAGUGAGUUGCAACAUCGACAAGGUCAGUACAGGAGUUAGUUCUGGCAGAUGAUCAACAGUGAUUAAGUCUCCAGUUUCUCUUGGAACAUACUCAGCACACUUGGUGAGAUUUAUCCCAAUUUGAUGGGAGAUUUUGACUUCCAACUUUAUUAUGGUGAUGAUUAUGACAUAGUGAUCCAAGAAUUUAUUCUUGAUGAUUUAUUGUUGUGUUCCUAAAGUAGAAAAACUUUGUUGUUAAGUUUGAUUAUUUUCCACUUAAGUGGGUAGAGAGAGAAGAAGAAUAUUUGUUGAGUGUGGUAUUUGGUUGUUUUGUUGGAAAGGGAUUGCGGAGUUCAACUUUACAUUAGAAAUAUCUAUAUUGAUGAAAGCCCCACAUGAGCUUUCGAAAUGAUGUUCUUAGGCAAAGCCAACCUCGUAAACUCAUACUGUUUUGAGCCAACAAUUUUAGACUAUUUGACUAGGUAUAUAUGAUGAGCCACAGUUGAUUUUUAGAGGCUCAUUUUCAGAUAAUUAAAUGUAAAUUGACCUUCUUCCUAGCUCUUCAUUUUAAGGAUGAAAUUGUCCUUGGGUAUAUGGGUAAGAAACUAACAAUAUUAAUGGACAAGUUAUCUUCUAUCUCUGGUUUUCUUUUUUUUUUUUUUCUUUAAUCCUUAAAUCUCAAUUGUCAAAGGUCUCUCCACAUAAAGGAAGAUCUUUUGACCAUGGAAAAUCUUUAGAUUUAUGGUUUUGGCACAAACAAAUCUGGAUCAGCUCCUGUAGCAACUGCUGUUGCCCCAUCACCUCCCCCGCCACCAAAAUCCUCUCCAGAAAAAAUCACUCCAUUUACAAAUGUCUAGUUUGGGAAGUCAUCAAAAUUGACUGGUAGAGCGAGCUAGCUACAACCAAUUGUUGAUGAGGACCUCAUGUUCUCCAUUCUAAAGAAUUGGGAAGACUUUUGAAACAAGCAAGUGCUGAUGUUCAAAUGAGAUUUUUCUGUAAGCUGGAACUGGAACGUAGAUGACCUUUUCCAAACUAAACAAGCUUGUAAGCUGGAACUGAAACAUAGAUGGGCUUUGCUGAAUUGUAUAAGCUUGUAAUCUGACUAAAUCAAGCUACAAUUUUACAAGUUUUUAAUUUGGCAAAGCAUAAUUUACCUUAGGAUAUAGGAAAAUCUUGUUAGGCCUAUGUAGGAUCACUUUGUUUUGUGACUUCCUUUUUCCUUUUAUGUGCCAGAAGUUAUCUUCUUAUCUCACAUUUCCCACAAUUUUAGGGACUGCUUUCCUACAACUGUGUAGAAUCCAACAUAGCUCAUAUCUUGAAUCUUGUAGCAUCUUAUUAAGCCCUUUACCUUUUUCAAGUCAACUACAAGAUUAGUUAGAAGGUGAUUGAUCCUAGAUUACGAGUUCAAGCCUCCCUUUUUAAGCAAGAUCUUUCUUCAGAGAGUAGCUGUUGGAUGCUUUGACAUUAACGUUGCCUUUCAUGUGGGAGAUGAUGCUUCCAAUAUGAUGAGUCAGAAAUGAGUAAUCCAACAAUGUAUACUGCAUUCUCUCUUUAUUCAUCCAAGUCACAACCAAUAUUGCAGCACAAACACUGCUAUUUUACUUAAGAAUGGGCUGACUUGCAAAGUAGCUUCAAGAUCUAACAAUUUGAUGAAAAAUGGUGGUGUUCACAAAUUUGUCAUAGUUGUAGGCUUGAAGCUAUAAUGUUCUACCCGCCAAAGAAUGCCCUCUCUAACAUGGAUUUUCUUUGAGUUUUUCUAGUAACUUCCCUUGAUCAAUUCCCUAAAUCAAGGACAAUUCGAGGAUAUAUAUAUAUAUAUAUAAAGGUGGAUGGAGUAAAGCUUUGAGGCAGCAUUAUGCAAAAAUCAUUUCCAGGUGCAUCGUCACAUUCUAAUUCUUUAACGUGUGCAAAUUUUAAAAAUUUGAAUGCAAGUUGUUAGUUGUAGGAGGAUUUAUUAUUAGGCUAAUUUAUGCUAUACUCAACUAUGUUAACCAACCAUUUUAGUUUUUUAUUUCUUCAUGAUUCUUCUGUUGUAUGUAUCCAUUCAUCCGGUGUUGAGGAAACCCUUCAUGAAUACAUACAUGAACUGCGU